UCAUUUAUCCCUUUGGAACGAAAUCAACUUCCCGCGAACGCCGACAAUGGAGGCGCUGUAUCUCUCCACUUCAGCACCAACCGUUCUUCCAUUUCGGAAAACCGUUGGCUCUCGCACCAUUUCAAAAUCCUCGAUUCUCUUCCCUUCUUCAUCAAAGUCUCGAUUCGCAACGAUUUGCAGGCAAAGAAUUGAUGGAGAAGAUACGCCUCUCUCCAAUGCUAUGGAUGCUUACAGAUUGUUCGGCGUCGACCCGACCUGCUCCGAAUCCGAGCUCAAAGCCGCUUUUCGAGCUAAAGUGAAGCAAUUCCAUCCAGACGUGAAUAGAGAUGGAAAUUAUUCCGAUUCUAUGAUUCGUCGUGUAAUUCAGGCGUACGAGAUGUUAUCCAGUUGCAGCCGAACCGAGUUCAUUGAGAGGGAAUGUUUAGAUCCUUUUGAAAACCCAGAAUGCGAUGCAUUUGAUGUCUUUGUUAAUGAGUUUCUUUGUGUUGGAAGAGGCUGCCCAUAUUCGUGUGUAGACAGAGCUCCCCAUGUCUUCACUUUUGCUUCGUCCACCGGGACAGCCCGGGCGACUUCUCAAGGACACGGUGAAGAUUAUCAGGUUCAAAUUGCAGUUGGCCAAUGCCCCAGAAGCUGUAUACAUUAUGUAACACCUUUGCAAAGAAUCAUCCUGGAAGAGCUACUUGACAGUGCCUUGGAUGUGCCAUAUGAUAAUUCAGCAGAGGCAGAUUUACUAUAUUCUCUUAUAGUGAAAUCAAAAUUCGAGAAUAAUCGAUACAGAAAGCCGAAGAGGGAGCCAAAGACGUCGACCGAACGAGUCGAUUGGUAUUGAAAUCUUGAUUUUACCGUCUCGUGUUGAACUGAAUCAAGAAGAAACCAAUGCAGUGAUUCGGGCGGUUGAUGUCCUCUUCCUCUUUGAGAGUUGCGGGUCUUUCUGCAUGAGUGAUAGCUCACGCUCAAAACUUCUCGUACACGAGUCCUAGUCGUUGCGCAGCGGUCUGUUUCCCGGCUUUGCUUGCGCAAUGAUGAUUGGUUUCAUCCAUCCUCGACCCUAAUGAAAUUGAGUAUUCCAAUCAGUCAAGUGGUUCGGGUUCUCGACAGGUUCCCGUUCGCCUGCCCUCUCCCUCAUAGUCCAUUAGUGGGUAGGGUGGUAAACUGAUAGAUAGGGCGCCCGCCUCCUCUUCAGACAUGUCCUCGACAACUUGGCGGUUGUCCGGUCUCCGCUUUUGGGGGCAGAAGUGCUUUGGUCAAUAUAUAUAUUUGUUUAUUUAUUUAUUUGUGUUUAAGAUUUUUUAUUUUUAUUUUUGCAGGAACUCGACAUAGGAUGGCGGUGAGAGUGAAGGGGUUGAAUAAUCAUUAUUUUAAAAAAAGGUUUUAUUUAUUUAUUUUAUAUGGAAGAGGG